AUUUCCAACUUUUAGUUUCCAUUACUUGUUUUAGCAAUGAGAAAGGGUUCCACUCUGAACUCUGCACUUUUGUGCUUCUGGGUUCCCUUGUUGCUCCUUGUCACUUUCAGUUAUGCUACUUCUGUUUUAGCCACAACUCAAAUUUCAGGCAAUGAAGUGAACAAGGAUGGGAAGGUUGUGAAUGAAGAUUUAGGAAAAGUAAACCCAGAAGGAGAUGAUGAAGAAUCAAAGUUCAAAGGAUUGUUUCCUAAACCAAUUCCAUUUGCUAAACCUAUUCCAAAACCAGUUCCUCUCAUUAAACCUAUUCCUAUUCCAUUUUACAAGAAACCUACACCAAAACCAAUUCCCAGUGAAGAAGCAAAAUUCAAAGGUAUUUUCCCAAAACCUAUUCCCAUAGUUAAGCCAGUACCAAAGAUAAUUCCUGUUGUUAAGCCAAUUCCUAUUCUUAAACCUGUUCCAAAGAUAAUUCCCGUUGUUAAGCCAAUUCCAAUUAUUAAACCUGUUCCAAAGAUAGUUCCCAUUGUUAAGCCAAUUCCUAUUAUUAAACCUGUUCCAAAGGUAGUUCCCAUUGUUAAGCCAAUUCCUAUUGUUAAACCUGUUCCAAAACCAUUUGUUAAGCCAAUUCCAGUGCUUAAACCUAUUCCAGAACCAUUUGUUAAGCCAAUUCCUAAACCAUUUGUUGUGAAAAAGCCUAUUCCUACCAUUGAGUCAGAGGAAUUCUUAAAACCAAAACCUUUCUUCAAAAAGUCUAUUCCUAAACUACCAUUUUAUCCCAAAUUCAAGAAACCAUUUCCUCCAAUUCCAACUCCAUAAAAUGAUAACACCCAUUGUGCCUCAUCAAGCAAUAAAGUUAUUAUAUCUUCCAUUACUAAGUGUGUUGAUUAUAUAGUGGUAAUUAAACCACAUUCCAAUCUCAACCAUUAGUUUCUUAAUCCUAUUGUAUCCCUCCUCAAUAAAUUUUUCAUUAAUGUUACCUUUUGUAAAAUUAUUGUCUUAAAGUAAGAAAUGAUACUACUGAGAUUUCGUUUUAGUUUA